GUCCGAUCAUUAACCCAGUUGUGUGGUGGUCCGCGACGCGGGCGGGCACGCGACCGGCAGCGGGCCAGGUCGCCAGGCGCCACAUCACUCCAACAUGCAACUGCCCGAGCAGCCGCCGCCACCGCUGGCACCUUUGUGGGACCGCGUACUCAGGGCACAAGCUCUCCCGCCCGAUCUCGACGUACAACUCCUCUACGUCGCCAUCAGAGACCGACUGACGCAUCCCGAGUGGGAGGUACGGCUGCACGCUCUGAGAGUGCUCGCCGAUCUUCUCCCCCUCUCCGGCAACGCUCUGUCCUUCCCUUUUGACCAAGUUGUUGAUAAUCUUGGACACAAUUCGCCCAACGUCCGCAAAGCCGCACUUGACGCUCUCAAAGUUUUCUGCACGCAUUGCGAGGAUCCAGAAUGCGCCGCCCGCGCCAUCCUAGACAAAUGCUCGUAUCAGAACAUACGACCGCAUUCCGCAAAUAUAGACACAAAAGUGAACGUUAUAACUGGACUGAUUCUAUCCAUACCUUCUGUGAUGAAUAUUUUAAGGAAAAGACAACCAGGCUUGGAUAUUUUUCCCAUGUUUCAAAUAUUAGGUGACAAAUUAUUUGAUCUUAUACAUAGAGAUGUGGCUCAACGUGCUCUUUUGAAACUGCGACGAGUUUGCGGACCACGUGACUACAUGUUAUUGCUGUCCAGGUUAGACCUAAAAGUGCAGGAUAAAUUUCGUCAGUUAUGCGAGACUUAUGACGAAGACUCGAUGGAUGUUUACUACGCUCCACGAAAAGCUUACCGCGACGGUAAUAACCAGACUCUAGUUAAAGUGAAUCACGUAUUCAAUGCACCGCUUACAAAUUCAAUAAGACUGGCAACUGACUCAUCUUCUGAAGAAUCUUUUACUCAUAUACCAUUUUACAAUAGCAAUUAUGCGAAAGUUAUUAUAGAGACGGAAAUUAAAUUUGAUUCUGACACUGCCAUUACAAUGACUGUACUAGAAGAGAAUGAAACGGAAUCUGAGAAGAAUACAGGGAGUGAAGAAGACUGUGAUAGUUCUGAUAGAAAUAUGCUGAAAUAUAGCGACGGGGAAUCCGAGGAUAUGGAUGUCGUUGUGAAAAAAGUAAGAUUUGGUGGUGAGAGUGUCAAAAUAAGAACACCUGAUAGCGAAAACUUGAUAUCAAGUGAAGAUGAUAAUCAAAAUAAAAUAGUAGCUAUAAAAAGAGACAAUAUAGUUCAAGUAUCUACGCAAAUAACGCCGUUAAUCGUGACAAAAAUGAAUGAGAUUAGGAACGAGGCUUUCGAAAGAGACUUGCAAUCGAAAACUAAUAAAAAGAGUGGCAUACCACUGCCAGUUAUAUACAACAAGGUUGUUCCUAAACAAAGCACAGUAGUGCAAUACGGAAAUGUGAAAUUAAAAUCAAAAUCAUUGAGCGAGUUGUAUGAUUAUUUUAGUUCAAGGAAUGAUAAGCAGGAGAGUGUUUAUAGGGAGGGGUCUGGGUUUGCGUUGACGCUGACUGAGGUGCGGUCUCCUGAGAAGGUGCCGAGUCCGGUGGAGCCUCAUCGGGAGGUGGAAGUUCUUCAUAAUCUUCAGCGGAGUCCUGUGGUGUCGCCGCGACGGCACCAAACGAGAUUGCAUCUGGAACGUGACGGAUUCGUGCUAAACCUCCUCGCCUCGUCUCCAGCGAGGUCUGAUGAGCUGGUGCUGCGUCGAGAGCCUUCUCCCCUGAGGACCCGCUAUGACUGGGAGGAACUGAGUGUGGUGUCUCCCCAUGUGGCUGAACAGCUGCAUAACACUGAGAACUGGAUAGCGGUAGUGAAAGCAGCUGACCAACUCCACGGAGCCUUGUUGGACCGGGCGACAGUCAAAAGGGCGGAGCCCGAGGCCCUGUCUCUGGUCCAGCAUAUGUGGGCGCUCAGUGAGGCGGUAACCGCCGCUCGUGCGCCGGCAGAGGGCGCCGUCUGCGCAUUAAUCCGCAACGCUAGUAACGAGUGCUUGCGGCAGAUCCUACCCGCGUUGGUAGCCAGGAUGGGUCGGGAGCCGUCUCCCGCUGCGUUGCCCCACGCACUGCUGCAGAGGCUAGCCUUGCAUCAUAUUGUGGACCUCGUCUUCGACCCUGACAUGAUUGGGGUGACAAACGGCGUGACAAUAGAGUCGGCACAGCUCCGCGCGGCGCUCUGUCUAUCCCGCGCGGCCGGGCCCGCCGCCGUGCUGUCAGCGGUGCGCAGGCGACUCGCCGGGAGCGACACCGCGGACAACUUCUGUAGCAAGCUCCGCGAGAAGUUGAGCAGGCCUGUUGAGAACAUUAAGCCAAAUCAUAUAGCCAGGAGUUCGCAACUGCCGGUGCCAGUACGCAGGCGCGCUCGGUCAACACCACCGCCUGCUGCGCCGGCGCCGCCGCGGAGACUUCGCCCUCUGCCGGACUCCGCCCCUUUGCCUGGUGUCUCACAAGUCGGUCGUGACUACCUUCUGAAACCACUAUCUCCAAUACCACUAAGUGACAGGGACUCCAGCGCCUUUACCAGCUACGAUGAAAACGACAAGAAGCAGCCUUCAGCAGAUGGCGAGAAAAAAUCUGUCGAAAGUGUCAUCGUGGGGCCGACGACCGAGAUCGAUAUUCCGGCGGGAGAAGGCGACGAGCCCCUGCCGCCGCGGUCGCCCUCGAUCAAAGUCGAGGAUUACUCAGAGAAGUCUCACCGCUCCUCGUACGUCGAGCCUCUCGUUGAAUCUCGGGUGCUUGACAAAUCUCCAAGUCCAGACGUUUUCGGAUCACAAAAAUCUCUCGAUCGAGUGUCCUUUACGAGUUCAAAGUCGCGAACUCCGAGUCGGAAGUCGCCAUCGCUUCAUUCGAAAAGCAAAAGCGCUGUAAGUAGCCCAACUAAAAGUAGGAAUCCGUCUCCUGAUCCAACGAGCGAUGUUUACGACGAUCAGUCUCUUCCGUGUCAUCGAGACGUACGGAACGCCCUCGCCGAAUGUAUCGUGCCUCCGCGGCACGAAGAUUGGGAGGUGAUAGUGAACGCAUUAAUUGAGACUGAGAGGCUAGCAGCGGACCCCACGGCGCGAGCCCCCGCGGCGACGUGGCGGGCGGUAGUGCGGGCUGCCUCUGCGCACGUGCGCUCCCUUCGCUCCCGAGUGGCCAGAACCGCGUGUUGUACUCUAGGAGCUCUGUUUGACCACCGAGGACGGGCACUAGAUCCGGAGUUGGAAGAGGCGGCGACCGCGCUUCUAGAUCGAUGUGCUGAUGUGAACAGGUUUCUCAGAGCAGACGCUGCAGCUGCGUUAGUUCGUUUGGCGUGCGGGAGUAACAGCGCGAGAGCUGCAGUCGCGUUGGCGAGGAGAGGGGCUUCACAUCGAGCUGGGCCAGUCAGGGCGGCGGCUGCGCAGGCAUUGGCGAGGCUGGUGCAGCACAAUGGCGCUGGAAGAGUCCUGGACAUGUCUGGAGAGCCUCGCACGGUGCUGCUGCGGGCAGCUGGGGAACUCCUGGCCGACGCCCACGCGGAAGCACGGGUGCACGCGCGUCACCUCUGCCUGUCCCUAGCCACUGACUCCAGGUUCAGGCAGAUGCUAAAAGACGCCAUGUUGCCGUCCCGAUAUCGAGCCAUAGAAAAAUUUGUGGACAAGUUGCGAUGACGUUAAUUUACGAUUGUGAAAAUAAUUAUACUUGUAUAUCAUUAAGGCGAAAAUGGCAUGGUGUAAGACAUCAGAUUAUUGAUCUUCUUAGUGUGAAACAACGACCCGUCCAAUAGGUGUAUUCUAAAAUUAUUCAUUAUUCCAAGAUUCUUAAAAAAUAUAUAACAAUUAGGUAUAAUGAUGGUUAAUGUCAACGAAAUUUGAUUGUGGGAGAGGUAUUUUUUUAAUAAAAUAAUAUUGAAAGAAUAUAUUUAAAUUGUAAUUAAAUCUUACAGGUAUAUCACACAAGUGUCUAAACGCGAAAUUAAACUUGUUAUCCUCCGAUGGAGUGAAAUUCAUUACUUAAGUAACAUAGUUAUUUGUCCAAUCAAUAAUAUACAUAGGAUUUGUAAAAUUUUAAUAAUAAAUAAUAUACUUAGACCUUG